ACACAAGACAACAAACACAAAAGGGGUUUUAGAACUGCACUAAGAAAGUUGCUUGGAAAUUGAGUCCAUCCAAACUGGGUAAAUUUUUUUGGUAACUCACUGAGUCAUGAACUCGUCAGCUUUUAGGUCAAGUUGAGGUCUUUUUUAUUCAAAACCACUGUUUGACUCAUAAACAGAGAAGGGUUGUGAAGUAGUAGAUCUGGAAGGUGAAGAAAUUUCAGAAGAUAGAGUCCAAAGUUUGCAACUUUGAACCAAACGGUGUGCAAUGCUAUAAGGGUUUGGAGUUUUGGGCUCAGAAUCAGUCACAAAAUGCCGCGCCCUUCUUUCUACAAGCUUGUUCUACCCUCCACUGUUCAAGCCAAGCAAUUGAGGCUCCCGGAUAAUUUUAUGAGGAAAUAUGGGGGUGAGCUUUCUCCAUUUGCUACCCUCUCUGUUCCUGACGGUAGUGUCUGGCGUGUAGGAUUAAAAAAGGCAGACAACAAAUCUUGGCUCGUUGAUGGUUGGCAAGAAUUUGUUCAACGCUAUUCCAUUGGCGUUGGAUACUUGUUGGUAUUCAGAUAUGAAGGCAAGUCAUCUUUCAAUGUUAAUAUCUUGGCUACUUCUGAGAUAAACUAUCAACCAGCCACACGCAGCAGUAAUGAAGGGCCUUACUUCGCAAGUCGGCUUAAAUUUCUUGAAGAAAUGGAAGAUGAAGAUUCCAUUGAAAUCUUGGAUUCAUCACCUUCGCACCUCACUCCUGGUAGUACAUUGCCAAACAAAGCUUUUCCUGGAUCAGUAGAUAAGUCAACACCUGGAGGCAAGAGUUAUUCGCCUCCAGCAUUGCAGAAUCUGUUUAAUGGGUCUAAACUUAAUAGUAUUAACAGGGGAGAGGGCGGGAAUACCCUUUCUUCAAGAAGUGCCAAUUCACAAGACAAAAAGUUGUCCAGGGAUAUAGGUGUCCAGUUUAAUGCAGCUGAGUUUAAAAGGUCUAAUGAAGAAGUGAAAUUGCGCGCAUCUAUGGAGGAAAGAAUUAAAAAAACUGCGACGAAGAAGCGUAAAUCAGAAGACCAGGAACAUGAAGAGGAGGUAGAAAUGCGCGUUAGAUUUUACGAAAGUGCUUCUGCAAGAAAAAGAACUGUGACAGCUGAAGAAAGAGAAAAGGCCGUCAAUGCAGCAAAAGAGUUUGAACCACCUAAUCCUUUCUGUCGGGUUGUCCUGCGGCCCUCCUAUUUAUACAGAGGAUGCAUUAUGUAUUUGCCAUCCUGUUUUGCAGAAAAGCAUUUGAAUGGUGUUUCGGGAUUCAUUAAACUUCAAACCUCUGAUGGGAGACAGUGGCCGGUUCGCUGCCUUUAUAGAGGAGGUAGAGCCAAGUUAAGCCAGGGUUGGUUUGAAUUUGCAUUAGAUAACAAUUUAGGUGAAGGUGAUGUCUGUGUGUUUGAGCUCCUUAAAGUGAAGGAUGUGGCGCUGCAAGUUACUCUAUUUCGUGUCACUGAAGAUGUGGGAUUGUUGAGCUCUCCCUUGCAGCAGAACGAAAAUGCGGUAUCAGCUAAACAAUUGAGUUCUCCCUUGCAGCAUCACCUCACUUCAUCUAAACUAGUUAGAAAUUAACAUUAGCUUCAUUCAUGAUAGCUCUACUGUGUUAUUAAGUAGCCCUUGCUUCUGUGUGAUCAUCUCUUAUUUUAUUAAUGUGGAACCUAGAUGCUUUUUAUGUCCAUUUCAGGAUGACUUAAGUGUAACAUAGUUAUUGUAGUUUAAGUACCGGUUCUUGUUUACAACUGUUUCUGAGACUGUGAAUAGAUUGUUCAAUUUACCUGAUGAGAAUCCAAGACAAUGCUUAUCCUUUUUA